AUGGGAGAUGGUUGUGAAAUACCUGAUGAUUCUCCUACCAAUCAGAAAAUGUCACUUCUUGACAACAAACAGGAUAAGAAUCUUAAUGAAGAAAGCAUCUUUGAGGAUUUGGAGCAGAAAAAUGAGGCUGAUCAUGUUUAUGAUUCCAAGGAACAACAGAUCAGUGACUCUGAAGGAGUCGACUCUGCUCUAGGUCAGGUGAAUGAGAUUGAAGGCAAAGUAGAGUUUGAAAUAAAAUCAAGUGCUGAACCAAAGGGUCAUGAGGAAACAGAAGGAACCUUCUCUGAAAUGGAGGGUGAAUCCUCUUUACAAACUGUGCAAUCAGGUUUAACUGCUACUUCUGACUCCCAACCACAGCAAAGCCUUGACUUGAACCCCGUUGGGAACAGAAGAAAACUGGGGUCUAGCCGUAGAAAAAAAGGAAGACAGCAUGACAAGGACACGGUUGCUGAGUUGCCCCAUGAGACAACAGGAGAAGUUGCUGGAAACACCCCGGAAAAUAAAUAUCUUGAAACAGAAAUGUCAUUUCCAUUAGAGCCAGUAGUGCAGGAACAAACAGAGGAAACCAUGUUGAAGGGAAUGGAAAUAUUUGACACAGCUCCAGCUGAAUAUGUUGCGAAUCAAAUUAAAGAGGAUUCACUUGUUGGCAUCUUUGAACUUACUGGUUCAAAUUUACAUGCAAGUUUAACAAAAGAUCAACAGACAAUUGACCAAUCAAAUGUUGGGGAGAUGCCAGAGGAAGAAUUCCCAAAUGUUUGCACUAUAACAGAAAAAGACAGCAAGGAAAAUGAGAAUGACACGGUAUUGUUCAGGCACGAUGAAAAUGUACAGACCGACUAUUUGAUGAGUGAGUCUCAGGAAACAUCAGAAGAUAAUGAGUCCUCUAUCACAUCAGAGAUAACUACAGAAAAACAAGACCUCAGAGAGAUCACAGAACCUGAUUGCAAUGUUGCACAAGAAGCAUUUGUAUUAUCAAAAGAGGAGUCUACGGCAAUUGAGGAAACAAAUGAGUGGUUCAACGUAUCUGAAGUCAAAGGUGGUCAUCAGUCAGAGGAUGAUGUAAACACACUGCAUGAACAGGAGGUUAAGCCAACAGAAACUCAAGAAAUGCCUCAAAUUGAUUUCUCAUCUGACUAUGCGAUUCAUGCUGUCACAGAAAAGUUUGAAAUAAUUCCUGGUAACUCAAUGGACCCAACUGAAAUCAGAGAGAUGACCCAAUGGGAGAUGGUUGUGAAAAUACCUGAUGAUUCUCCUACCAAUCAGAAAAUGUCACUUCUUGACAACAAACAGGAUAAGAAUCUUAAUGAAGAAAGCAUCUUUGAGGAUUUGGAGCAGAAAAAUGAGGCUGAUCAUGUUUAUGAUUCCAAGGAACAACAGAUUAGUGACUCUGAAGGAGUCGACUCUGCUCUAGGUCAGGUGAAUGAGAUUGAAGGCAAAGUAGAGUUUGAAAUAAAAUCAAGUGCUGAACCAAAGGGUCAUGAGGAAACGGAAGGACUCUUCUCUGAAAUGGAGGGUGAAUCCUCUUUACAAACUGUGCAAUCAGGUUUAACUGCUACUUCUGACUCCCAACCACAGCAAAGCCUUGACUUGAACCCCAUUGGGAACAGAAGAAAACUGGGGUCUAGCCGUAGAAAAAAAGGAAGACAGCAUGACAAGGACACGGUUGCUGAGUUGCCCCAUGAGACAACAGGAGAAGUCGCUGGAAACACCCCGGAAAAUAAAUAUCUUGAAACAGAAAUGUCAUUUCCAUUAGAGCCAGUACUGCAGGAACAAACAGAGGAAACCAUGUUGAAGGGAAUGGAAAUAUUUGACACAGCUCCAGCUGAAUAUGUUGCGAAUCAAAUUAAAGAGGAUUCACUUGUUGGCAUCUUUGAACUUACUGGUUCAAAUUUACAUGCAAGUUUAACAAAAGAUCAACAGACAAUUGACCAAUCAAAUGUUGGGGAGAUGCCAGAGGAAGAAUUCCCAAAUGUUUGCACUAUAACAGAAAAAGACAGCAAGGAAAAUGAGAAUGACACGGUAUUGUUCAGGCACGAUGAAAAUGUACAGACCGACAAUUUGAUGAGUGAGUCUCAGGAAACAUCAGAAGAUAAUGAGUCCUCUAUCACAUCAGAGAUAACUACAGAAAAACAAGACCUCAGAGAGAUCACAGAACCUGAUUGCAAUGUUGCACAAGAAGCAUUUGUAUUAUCAAAAGAGGAGUCUACGGCAAUUGAGGAAACAAAUGAGUGGUUCAACGUAUCUGAAGUCAAAGGUGGUCAUCAGUCAGAGGAUGAUGUAAACACGCUGCAUGAACAGGAGUUUAAGCCAACAGAAACUCAAGAAAUGCCUCAAAUUGAUUUCUCAUCUGACUAUGCGAUUCAUGCUGUCACAGAAAAGUCUGAAAUAAUUCCUGGUAACUCAAUGGACCCAACUGAAAUCAGAGAGAUGACCCAAUGGGAGAUGGUUGUGAGAAGACCUGAUGAUUCUCCUACCAAUCAGAAAAUGUCACUUAUUGACAACAAACAGGAUAAGAAUCUUAAUGAAGAAAGCAUCUUUGAGGAUUUGGAGCAGAAAAAUGAGGCUGAUCAUGUUUAUGAUUCCAAGGAACAACAGAUUAGUGACUCUGAAGGAGUCGACUCUGCUCUAGGUCAGGUGAAUGAGAUUGAAGGCAAAGUAGAGUUUGAUAUAAAAUCAAGUGCUGAACCAAAGGGUCAUGAGGAAACGGAAGGACUCUUCUCUGAAAUGGAGGGUGAAUCCUCUUUACAAACUGUGCUAUCAGGUUUAACUGCUACUUCUGACUCCCAACCACAGCAAAGCCUUGACUUGAACCCCAUUGGGAACAGAAGAAAACUGGGGUCUAGCCGUAGAAAAAAAGGAAGACAGCAUGACAGGGACACGGUUGCUGAGUUGCCCCAUGAAACAACAGGAGAAGUAUUAUUGAUGAGUGAAUCUCAGGUGACCGAGGAACCACAGAUCAGUAACAUUGCAAGCGUAGACUCUGCUCUAGGUGAGGUGAAUGAGAUUGAAGGCCAAGUAGAAUAUGGUAUGAUGAUAAGUGCUGAACCAAAGGGUCAUGAGGAAGUGAAAGAACUCUUCCUUCCUGAAAUGGAGGAAAGUAAAUCCUCUUUACAAACUGUGCAAUCAGAAAAAUCUCCUCCCUCUGACUCCCUGACUCCAGAAGAAAUAGAAUCCUCUAUCACAUCAGAGAUAACCACACAAAAACAAGACCUCAGAGAGCAUACAGAACCUGAAUGCAGUGUCGUGCCAGCAGUAUUUGCAUCAUCAGAAGAGAAAGAGUCUACAAAUGGUGAACAAAAAGAGCAAAUUGAUAACUCCUCAAUUAAAGUGGACACAUCUUCUUUUCAAACACAGCAAUCAGAUAUUAAGGCUCUUAUAGACUCCCCUUCUCUGGACAUUUCUCAGAGUACAAACCCCACAGGGAACCGAAGGAAAUUUGGAUCAAGCCGAAGAAACAAAGGACCCCUGCACAUCAAGGACACUACAAAAAUGUCAUUAUUAACAGAGACAAUAAAGCAGGAAGAAUUAAAAAAGAAGUCAGACCUAGACUUAAGUUCAAAUGUAAAUGACGCGGUUAACACGUUAGAGGAAGGCAUCAUUUUGUCACAUAAUGAGAAGGACAACAGUGCAAUUAUGAAAACAGACAUUAAUUUAAGCCUUAGCAAUGAUGACUUUGUCAAAUCCAAUAAGGAUGUUGAUGAGGAAAAAAAUAAACAAAAAGAGACUGAAAAUGUAAGCCAGCUUGCAGGAUGUGACACAGUUAAAAUGGACUGGACAGAACCACCAGAAGUCUCACUUUGGAAAGAUGAAUCAUACAUACAAAGUAGUUCAUAUCAUGGUGACAAUGUCCCCUCACGGCCACUUGCUUUUGAUGUUCUUGAGCAAGAAGAGACUUUUCAGGUACAAAGCUCUGAAGCUUUAUCUUGUGACAAAGACAUGAAUGUGAAACAGACAAAUGAUACAUCACCAACGGUGGCCGAUGUCACAGCAAAAGACUUUAAUCCAGGAAUGGAGAGUUCAAUGUAUAUAAAUGUUUCCACACAGGAUGCAGAUGGAGAACAAUCUGAAGAUCCUUUGAAGACCGAACACAAAACCCAAGAAAUCAGUGUUUCAGAAAAGAUGACAAAGAACGAAACAGACACUUUGGCUCCAUUUCACAUUGGUCUUGAGGAAAACUUCAGAGCAGAGCCAGCUGUGGAUGUGUUUGCAGGAAUUGAGAUGUCCAGCCAUCAAAAAGUGAAAAAAUCUGAUUCAGACCACAGUGAAGAUGUGCAGGGAAGAUCCAAACAGAAGAGGAGAAAGAUGGGCUCUACUCGCCGGAUCCAACUAAAUAGGAAACCAGAGGAAAAGAGUGAUGAAACAGAAGAAAGUGACUUUAAAACAGAAGCUGUCAUGAGAAAUCUUUGCAAGAUAGAAGGACUAGAAGAGUUACCUAUGAUUAUGACUGCAGAGGUAUCACAGAGUGAAAACGCAAAAUCAUCACAAAGUCCUAUGAAUAAAGAAGAGGAAGUCAAUGAAACCAGCACAGUGCACAACACUAGACAAAACAUACCAAGCUCUGACUUGGAGAGCAUACAGGUAAACGUAUUAUCAGACAUAGAUAAUUCAAAGGCUCUGCUUUCAGAACAAUUUUCCUCCUGCAAUGAAGAAUUUGGUCAUCCUGCUAAGUUUGUUCAUGUAGCUGAUGAAAGGGACAGGCAUUUACCGCAAGUAGAUGAUUUUACAACCACUGAGAGGCAAAUCCACAAUCCUUUACUGUCUGAAAAUACUGAAGAGAAUGGAAACCCAGGUAUCACAGGAGAAAGCCUUGUGUCUUUUUGUGAGACCACACAGAGUAUGCAAAAUGAUGAGGAAAGGCAAAAGAGUGAAAGCAUAAUACAGGACCAAACUUUGAAAUCAGAGGAAGCGCCUGUUGUGGCAAAUUGGGAAAUAUUGACAUCUGUGGUAAGAGAAGGGGCGGAAGAUGAACAUAUCGGUGCCCGGCAUAGUAAACAACAGUUGGACAACCCCACUGAGGUAGAGAUGAAUAAUCCAAGUCCAAACAGGAGGAGAAAGAUGGGUUCAACCCGCAGGAAUCUUGGAUCCCGAAACAAAAGGGAAGACUUGCAUCAGAAACAGGAUUUGGAUAAUGAAGCAACAGAGACUGCGACCAAUGUUGGAGAUGUAAAGAGUGAACAUUUCCAAUACAUCACAGAAGAUGAGCUUCUGCUUAACCUAAAACACAAAGACACUGGCUCUGAGCAAAGGAAAGGAGAUGUAUCUGAAACUGUGGAGUACAGCCAGACUGUUGACUCUCACUUACAACUUCACCAGACAUUUGAAGGGAAUCCUGUUCCUCAAGGUCAACACAUAGAAACAGAGCAUGAACACACUCCCAAUUCUUCUCCUGCAGUACUAUCCACUUCCCCAAAAGAAGAUUUAACGUCUGAAACAGCUUCUGGUGGGAGGAGAAGAAAAAUGGGAUCUAGCCGGAAGGCACAUGGACUCAAAAAAUAUGAAAACCAAACUGCAAGUACAGACAAAAUACAAGACACACAACAUGAGAGCGAUGUCAGGAGUAACACAGAUGAAAGUGCCAUCAAGACACCUGAAGAGCUGAGGGAAGAAUCUUUGAGCCUGGACCAAAUGUCAGAGGCUGAUGAAAGUGAGAAGAAACCAUCGUACAUCAGCACUUUAAAGGAAGGAAAUGCCCCAAGGCCUGUGAGUGAGAAGACCGUUCAACCUCUUUAUACUGAAGUUGGGCUGGGUCAGGAGAGACAACAGAAGUUUUCCCUGGAGGGUAUUCCCAGGAUAGCAGAUCUUAAAUCAAACGCUUACAAUGUGAUGAUGGUUGGAGACAGCAGCGUGGGAAAAACCUCCUUCAUGAAAAGAGCUCAAAGUGGAAAGUUUUCUUUGGAUUUACCCGCCUCUGUUGGACUUGAUUCCUGCACUUGGACUGUGGUAGUGGAUGGAAAGCUUGUGGUGCUACAGCUGUGGGAUACAGCGGGACAAGAAAGGUUUCACAGCAUCACAAGGCAGAUUUUCCACAAGGCCCACGCAUUUCUGUUAAUGUAUGACAUCACUUCGUCUGCAACUUUUUCAGCAGUUAGCUACUGGGCAAACUGUAUUCAGGAAGGGGCUGCAGAAGACGUGAACAUUUUACUUGUGGGCAAUAAGAGUGAUCGUACAGAGCGGCAGGUUAAAACUCAUGAGGCGGAGAUUCUUGCUAAGGAAUAUAACUUUGAAUUCAUGGAGUGCAGCGCCGUCACGGGGGAAAACGUUGUUCAGGGCUUGGAAACUGUGGCCAGGAUGUUGAGUCAAAAACACGACACAAGAGAGGAAGCCAUGGUGUUACACAAAGAUCCCCCUCAGAAAAAAUCCUCAGGGUGUUGCUGAACAAGAUGCGUUUCUGCAGAGCAGAAUUCCUCCACACAGUGCAAACACUGUACCCUCUCUUUAGAGUGUUUCUGUGUUUGGUCACAACUAAAACAUAUUGAAUUAUUUCUUCAGUUUUAUUAGAAAUUGUAUUGAUUUUAUACAGAUGUUAAGUUUGCUUUCCACAAUAGCUAUUUAAUUAUUUCUACCAAGCCUCAAAGUACAUUAGUGAUUAAGACGAUCAUUUAAGAGUAAAGAACAUUCUGUGGCAUAAAAUAUACGGAAAAUUAUUUUCAGAUAAGCUUAUUAAUGUUCCAGCAACAGUGUAUUUUGAUAGUGCUUUUUGAUAUGCUUCAUGUACAGUAUAUACUAAACUGCAAAGCUGUUGUGGGAUUUCUUUAGAGGCAGCGCAAUGAAUAGUUGUAAGUGAUCCAGGAAAUACUUAUCACAUAAAGAGGAAUGUAUUUAAAUAUAUUUGCUUUUUUACAAUUCUAAAUCAUGUAUAAAUUCAAAAGAAACAAAAAUAAUAAUAUAUGAGCAUAUUUUCAUGGUAUUGUUUUUUUGUUUUGUGACUUUAAAAAAAAACUAUAAUAUGUGAACCUGUUGUCACACGUCUUUGUUGAUAUAUGUGGUGUGUAGUGACAGGUUCCUGCUGUUACUUCAAUAUUUGUGUCAUAAAGCUUAUAGAUUGUAAUUGGUCGUCCUAUGUAGCCUCACCUAUUUAACCUAUUUAACAAGUGUUUAGGUGAAAUCCCAGGAAGCACCAACACCAACAGAUAACUGGUUUGGGGGGAUUUGUUUCCAUGACUUUCUUUCUAAUAAAAAAAUAAUUUAAAAUAAAAAUUUGAUCUGUUAGUGUUUUGUAUUUUAUUGAACAUUAAAAAUCAGUUGUAUUGGCCUCUC